AACCAGAUCUGUCAGCCUCAGGUAAACACAAUACAAAUCCAUUUGAGUCAGCAUUUUGCCCACGUUGUGAUUUGCACGCCGGAGUCUGUAGUUCUCUUCUGUGACGUGGAAAAGGCCGCGGCGACGAAAGAGUGUGUAAAAACUACAAUGCCCAGCGUGAAUCUUUACACCUGCUUACUUAUCCAAUGGAUGUUAUGUGCGCUAAAACGGCGACCAAUCGCACCGCACACCCCAAUUCUAACGGUUGGAUGCAACAGUUCAAUUUCCACAGAUGUGAUUAGUUGCUAAUAGUAGGCCCAAAACAGUUUCCCUGGAUCAACAAGAGGCGGUUUUUCUGAUCCAAGAACAGAUUUAACAAAGAUAGGGCUGCUGCUCAACAUGUUAUUGGGUAUGCGGGUCUGUGGGCCAUCUACUGCCGUGUUUCGUCCGUCUACCCUCCGUUGCCUUAGCAGGGCGCACCGGUUGCCCUGUCGUGAAUUAACUUGUUCACCCAGACAAACCAGCAGGUGGAACCGCCAAGUAUCCGUGACCCCUCGGGACAGUCCGCGUGUUCUCAUCACAGGUGGCCUUGGACAAUUGGGUUCUGGCCUUGCUCAAAUACUGAGGGAACAGUAUGGGAAAGAGAAUGUAAUCCUGUCAGACAUUAAGAAACCCCCAGCACAUGUGUUGAGCAGUGGACCAUUUGUGUAUGCGGAUGUAUUGGACUUCAAACAACUCAGAGAACUUAUUGUAAACCAUCGUAUCACCUGGUUGGUCCACUACAGCGCUCUGCUCAGUGCUGUUGGUGAGGCCAACGUGGCCUUAGCCCGCAAGAUCAACAUCUCAGGCCUUCACAAUGUGCUGGACCUGGCCUUGGAGAACUGCCUGCGUAUCUUUGUCCCCAGCACCAUCGGAGCCUUUGGGCCCUCAUCUCCUCGCGACCCCGCCCCUGACCUUUGCGUGCAGAGGCCUCGCACUAUUUACGGCGUGUCCAAAGUCCACGGGGAGCUGAUGGGGGAGUAUCUCCAUCACAAAUAUGGCCUGGACUUCCGCUGUCUUCGCUACCCCGGUGUGAUCUCGGCCCACACCCACCCUGGGGGAGGGACCACUGACUAUGCGGUGCAGAUCUUCCACGACGCCGUCAGCACGGGCAACCACGAGUGCUACCUAAGGUCCGACACGCGCCUUCCCAUGAUGCACAUCUCCGACUGCCACCGCGCCACCGUGGAGUUCAUGCACGCGCCGGAGAGCCAGCUGUCCCUGCGCACCUACAACAUCGCUGCCAUGAGCUUCACCCCAGAGGAGGUGGCCCUGGAGAUACAAAAACAUGUGCCUGAAUUCAAGGUCACCUACAAGCCAGACACAGUCCGCCAAACCAUCGCGGACAGCUGGCCUGUGAGGUUUGAUGACUCCAACGCGAGGAGAGACUGGGGCUGGGCACCGGUCUACGGGCUUGAAGGGCUGGUCUCGGACAUGCUCCGCUCCAUCCGAGAAAAGAGGACCGUUGAGGGACUGCCGGUCAGCUAGCAAAGCCUGCGCUGCAGACUGAAGGGGCAGUCCUGACACUGAACCCAUCACUUGAGCUUUAUGUUUGAAUAUACUUUGACCAAAGAGUUUUGCAGUACAAUCCUGUACUAUUUAAAAUGCAACGGUCAAACGGAUCCAGAACACUUCUUUAACUACGGACACUAGGAAUGAAUGCGCACAAACACACACGGUUUUCAGGGAGCCGUACAACUGUCUUUCUAAGGACUCUCCUGUCGUCUUCCUUUAUUGUUGUUUAACUUGUUUCAACAGUUUACAAUUGCUUAGACUUUAUAUUCUUUUCAAAAAAUACAAUUUGUACUUAAUGUUCACAUAAAUAUACCAAAUUACUAUUUAAA